CAUACCACACUAUCCUUAGCGAAGGCGUGCUUAACCCAGAAGAGCGAAGACGCUGUAAUUAAGUGGAUGUAAUAACCGCUGUGAAAUGAUCGACCUUGCUGGACACCUGUGUUUUUCUUCAUAGGUGAGGAAGUGUGUGCACGACCUGUCGCGUCAACCGGGUUCCAUCACUCCCGCUCGAAGACACGAUGUCGUCAUGAAAGCCCGCAUCCCGAACACAGCCAGUAUUGAGAGUUAAAGCUACCUUGCUAGUAGUUUGUGAGUCGUUGCGCUCGGUUUGUACCCAUAGUCUCGUAAAAAUGUGAUAUGAAGUUGCGGAUACGUGAGUAAACACGAUGACGGGCAAAAGUGUUGAAUGGCUGCAAGUGGAAUUAGAAGCUGGUGGUGGGAAUUCACUGUUGCUGUUGGAUUGUCGAUCGCACGAGGUCUAUGAGUCAUCUCACAUCGAGACUGCUAUCAAUUUGGUGAUCCCCGCGUUGAUGCUUCGCAGAUUUAAAAGAGGCAAUUUGCCCAUUCGCUCCUUAAUCCCAAAUAAUGAGGAUAAGGAAACGUUUAUUCGACGGUGUAAGACGGACACAGUGAUUUUGUACGACGAAUGCACUUCGGAGAUGCACUCGGGAACGACUUCAGUUUUGGGACUUCUCCUUCAAAAGCUCUGGGAGGAAGGGUGCCAAGCAUACUACCUGCAAGGGGGUUUUGUCACCUUCCAGACCGACUAUCCAGAACACUGCGAGACGCUCCUGGACGUCUCCUGUCCCAGCACCUCACCCCCGGCCUCCGUCCUGGGCCUGGGAGGCCUGCGCAUCAGCUCCGACUGCUCGGACGGCGAGUCGGACCGGGAGCUGUGUAGCGCCACCGAGAGCGAGGAGAGCCCCCUAUCCAGCAGCAGUGGCGGCGGCGGCAGCCACAACAACAGCCAACAGGUGGCCUUCCCCGUGGAGAUCCUGCCCUACCUGUACCUGGGCUGCGCCAAGGACUCCAGCAACCUGGACGUGCUCAGCAAGUACGACAUCAAGUACAUCCUCAACGUGACGCCCAACCUGCCCAACAUGUUCGAGCAGGAGGGCCGCUUCAGGUACAAGCAGAUCCCCAUCUCCGAUCACUGGAGCCAGAACCUGUCGCAGUUCUUUCCAGAGGCCAUCUCCUUCAUCGACGAGGCGCGCUCCAAGCGUUGCGGCGUGCUGGUGCACUGCCUGGCUGGCAUCAGCCGCUCGGUGACGGUGACGGUGGCCUACCUGAUGCAGCACCUCAGCCUGUCCCUCAACGACGCCUACGACUUCGUCAAGCGCAAGAAGUCCAACAUCUCGCCCAACUUCAACUUCAUGGGGCAGCUGCUGGACUUCGAACGGACGCUGGGCCUCAGCAGCCCCUGCGACAACUGCCCCCCCGACACCAACGGGCCGCUCUACUUCUCCACGCCGACCAAUCACAACGUCUUCCAGCUGGACACUCUAGAGACGACAUGAGGUGGGGAGGUGGGGGUUCGUUUAAACUCUCUCACUCACUUUGUGUGAUGGUCGUAACCCAAAAGGGGAACCUUUCUGGACUAGUCAGGACUAGUCUUUUGACUACGCUAAAGGCUAAUCUACGCUAAAGGCUAAUCGGAAGAGAACCUUUCUGGAGAGAUUUGUCACUUGAGGAUGGUUGACUUUUCGGUGGGAGUUUUACGGGAGUUCAAUGAAGAACACGCGUGUCGGUUUUCUGGAAGCUCAGUACUCUGAAAUAAGUAAUGCACAAAUGAUGCAAUGACUUUCAUGGAGGAAGAGAGCAAAGGGCACUCUACUUUUUUGAAGCAGACGUGCUACGUAACUCUUUUGAACCACAGUAUGGUGGCCCAGACAUGAAUUCCCUUUUUUUCUGGGAAAAAUGUAUUUCUGUGUAAACAAACCUUCAAAGCUCUUGUGGAAAAGCGCACUCAUAUGCAUGAAUGUUUAAUUUCCUAACAAUGUAAAUAAUAUAAAAAAAUGGUAUUUUUUAUUAUUAGAGUGGGUCACUUAAGAAUUUAGAACACAAGACAGAACAAUGUCUUCUGAAAACCAAAUACUAUGCUAAUCAUAAUGCUUACUGCUAACAUAUAAGACAUGAAAAAGGUAACCGUUUUUAAAAAAGGGCUCAUUUUGGUAGUAAAAUAACAAGCAAUAGAGGCUCAAGCCAUAGCCCUGAUAACAGAGUAUAAUACAGUAACUUUUUAAUGUUUUAUACAUGUAGAAUGUAUAGAAAAAAACAACAACCAUCAUCUGAUAGUAGUCCAUCGCUAUCAGUAUCCCCCCAGCACAGCUAGUCUGCCAUUGUCUGAUGUCCUGUGAUGUUGUGAGUGUCAGAGCAUUGCUGGUUCAUCUAUUGGGCCCUGAUGGGUGAGGGGGGCGAGGGGGAGCGUUUUUAGACUCCAACCAAAAGAUUUGCAUUUACUCGGGGAUAAUCUUCACCACCUCCAAGCCUUGCAUUACCAGCCUCCGUACCACGUUGUAUUGUAUGUACUCCAUAAUGUAUAACUGAACUUUUUUUGUUUUUUGUUUUGUUUUGAUAAUGACUGUUAUUAGCGUGGGUGUGUAUGUAUGUGUGAAGAGAGUGAUGAAAUGAAAGGCCCAGGUGGGCGAUCAGAGAGAGAGAGAGGGAAAUGCAAGCUGUGGGAAUUUUCAAGGCAGUCAUGGAGGUGCUUUUUGAAAGACAUAUUUACAAUUGACUUUUGAAGAACAAGCACAGAAGAGUGCAGAGAAGAUCCGUCUUUGGACCAAAGCUUUUACGUGGGCGUUUCUUUAUACGGUACCCUUCCGAGGGCAAUGGGUGUCUUUAAGCUGGCCUUAAAUAACCAGAGCAUUUUUUUAAAGACUGUUAUAUAAAAAUGUAUAUUUUCUCCACAAAAAAAACCUCCAUAUGGAUGUGAAAUAUUAUGUUCUAUUAAUCAUACGACCAAAAAGAGUUUCAAAUGUGUUUUUCGUUUUAAACACAUGCAUAGAGAGAUCAGAAAUGGAUUGUGCAUGUGACAACUCUUCACACGCAGCUAUCGAAUGGACUUAUUUUGACAGGGAAAUUGGAGGCUCAUGUCUGAAAAGCCUGAAAAAAAAGCCCACCAGUUGAACAUGUUUGGUUUUUUGGUCAUCUCUCAAUCCUGUUGCCUUUUGUCUACAAUGGGGUCAAAGACGUCUUUGUCAUUCAGUGUUACGGACACCUUCCGCCGACUGUAACUGCAAAAAAACAUAAUUUUUAAAUUGUUUCAAGUGAAUGGAUGACAGCAGAGGCUUUCAUGAAUUCCCUGUAACAAUAAAUAAAUAAAAAGAGUCAUGUUUUUUACAGUUACAGUCAGCAGAAGGCAUCCGUUACACUGAAUGACAUUGCCAUUUUGCACGUCUUUGACCCAAUGGCUUUCCAGUGCUAUUCAACAACUACAGUAGAGUUAGAACCCCUUCUAAACCUGUACUGAGACCGAGACCAAUGAGGUUCUCAUCAACACUGUCACAUGGACUUACUGGUUACCCCACCCCCAACCCAUCACCCUUCAUUUUGUUUUGUUAUUUUCCCAGAUGAAUGCCAGGUGAUUUCAGAUGUUUGUCAACACUGAUGGCUGUGUGUGUGUGUGUGUGUGUGUGUGUGUGUGUGUGUGUGUGUGUGUGUGUGUGUGUGUGUGUGUGUGUGUGUGUGUGUGUGUGUGUGUGAUGCCGUGAGAAAGUAUCAAUGAACUAAAUGCCAAUGAAAGGCAGCUUGCCGGUGCAGACAAAUGAGAGAAUGAUUUGCAUGUCUCUGUGGGCUGUGUUUCAGGGAUUUUCAAAUGUCGCUCACCCAGUCAUGUUCGCCUCUAAGAAUGGUCAAAAGUGCUGUCGUAUGUAUGGGUAUGCAUUUGUUUAAAAUGCAAGCUGCAGUGAUGUAGUAUGUAUGCAUACUGUAUUUGCUACACAAAGGGGUUUGUUGUUUUUGUUCAUGAAGGUUUUAAUUCUACUGAUGUAUUUCAUGAUCCGUGAAAUAUAUGUUUAUACAAACAACUAAACAAGGUGUCAAUUUGUCAUCUUAUCUGAAAAGUGGUUUCCUUGUCAAUGAAGUAGAAUCGAAUCUUUAUGCCAUGAACAAGUUCUAGAAUCAGUAUAUUUAACAUAAAAUGAACAAGUAGUAUCUUAUCUGCCAUCUAUAUGGUGAUUCUCACGCGGCCCAACUUAGCAGGGCAAACACAAAAAGGUCCGUUAGAGUGAACUGACAGAGUCUUUGUUGUUGACAGUGCUCCCACACACACACACACACAGACACACACACAGACACACACUCACACAGUUGCCUGGAAAUUGGCUGUGUUUGCGUUUGCGAGAGGAUGUGAAGCGCCUGUGCUGUGCUUUGGGUCUGCGGCCUCCAGCCUCUAGGUGUGGUUGGACUUCCUGGUUCUGUCAGAAGCGCGGCCCUGGCUUCCUGUUCCUCAGGGGCCUGUCAGUCGACGAGGCGAGGCGAGGCCUGUGUGGCCAGCCCAGCUCAGCGUGAUCUCGCUUCGAAACCACCACAAACACCACCACUUCCCUUUCGCUCACAAAAAAGUGACAUGCGGAAACCAGAUAUUUUCAGCAGUAUAUCAAGCGAGCGCAGGCCAGGGACGCCUCACGUCCUGUUGCACCUCCACCACCACCACUGCCCCCACUACCGCUUCAGUGUCGCUCUCACCCUCCCCCCACCUAGGCAAAAAAACAACAACGCCAGCUCAUGGUUUUCUGUUGUUUUUUUUCAGUAGGCUAAGAAUGGAUGCGCAAAAAAAGUUGAAAUAGUCA